AUCGCAAUGGCCUAUGGAUGUGUAAUGGUCAUUUCGAAAGUUCUGGGGGCUGAACCCAAUUUUUUCCCAUAAGAUCAGGCGCUCUCGGUCUCGGAGACCGUAACUGCGUGAGGGCGGUGGCGGCGGCCAUGGGGAGCGGGAAGCGAAGCGAUUACUUCCGAGAGGAGGAGGAUGAUAGGCCACCCAGCUUCGCCCAGAUUCCGACCAGCUUCGGCCAGGAGCUCAGAGCCUGCCUCCGUUGCCGCCUCGUCAAGACCUACGACCAGUUCAGGGAAUCCGGCUGUGAGAAUUGCCCCUUUUUGGAGAUGGAGAAGGAGCAUGACAACGUUGUCAACUGUACGACUCCCAACUUCACGGGGAUUAUAUCAAUGAUGGAUCCAAGUAGAAGUUGGGCUGCUAGAUGGUUAAGAAUAGGGAGGUUUAUUCCUGGUUGCUACACACUCGCCGUCUCUGAAGAACUUCCAGAAGAAUACCAGGCUAUUUGUGCUGAUAACAAUGUCCAGUAUGUGCCUCCAAAGCGUGCAUAAACCUGUCCAUGUCCAUGUCCAUGUUACCAGUUAAACUGUUUUAUUUCAACUGUUGUUACUGCUAACUAGUUCAAGUUUUAAUUCCCACCAGAUUUGUUGACAACAAUAACUAUCUUCUUAAAUGCACAAGCGACUUAAACUGUUCAUCAA